AUGGGAGGAACGUCGAAUGGUCACCUGAAGAACAGGGUUCUCCUGACAGGUAACAUUGCCCAUUACACAAACCCCCUGACAGUGGGGAACCGUUCAUUGAUAUGGCGUUCGAUCAUAGGAGGUAGCGGCUUCAUCGCUUCCCACAUCCUUGACACGCUGUUGGACGCAGGGUUUCAAGUUGCGGUGACAGCGAGAUCCGAGGAAAAGGGGAAACGGAUAGUAGACUCCGUCAAACCCAAACCCCUAUCUUACGUAGUAGUCGACGACAUUGCCAAAGGCGGCGCCUUUGAUGUUGCAUUCCAAUCGGAGGCCGCAUUCGACUAUGUAGUCCACACCGCGUCUCCCUAUCAUCUCAAUCCCAUAGACCCGGUCAAAGAGUUCCUGGAGCCCGCGAUCAACGGCACGAAGGGCCUGCUGAAAUCGAUCAAGACUCACGCUCCGACCGUCAAACGGUUGGUGAUCACCUCGUCGUCAGCAGCGAUCCUCAACCCCGCCAACCACGCUAAGGUCUACGACGAGACGUGCUGGGCGCCCACGACGUGGGAAGAGGCCAUGGAACCCAAGAAGGCGUACAAGGCCAGCAAGGUCUUCUCCGAGAAAGCGGCAUGGGCCUUCAUCGAGGAGGAAAAGCCCAAUUUCGACCUGGCCGUGAUCAACUGCACCUACGUCUUCGGCCCCAUACAGCGGAACCUCCCCAGCCUGGACGCGAUGAACGCGUCGAACCACCGCGUUCGCGAAAUGGUGCAGGGCAAGAUGAAGGAGGCCCUAGCGCCCACGGCGCCCGUCUUUACCUUUGUCGACGUGCGCGACGUUGCCCUGGCGCACUUACGCGCCAUGACAUUACCGCAGGCUGGUGGGAACCGGUUCUACGUUGUCGGGGGGCACUUUUCGAAUAAGCAGAUUGCGGACGUCAUCAGGAAGUCGUUUCCGCAGUUGAAGGAUCGCUUGCCACUUGAGGCUGAUACGGUCGAUGAUAUUCCGGAUGAUGUGUAUCACUUUGACAACAGCAAGUCGAGAGAGGUUCUGGGACUUGAGUAUACGAGUCUCGAGAGGAGCGUGGUUGAUACGGUCCAGUCGAUACUGGAUCUGACGCCGGUGUCGUGA